AAAUCAACAAAAACACCAUCUCUAUCAGCUUCACAAACACAAAUUGGAGUCGCGCUGAACUCGCUUCGUCGUUAAAAAACGCUACCCUGAAAUCACCGCCGGAGUUUACCGUCUACCUCCAUAAACAGUGAGAAACUCGUCCAGAUCAAGAUGUCUCGAAGAUAUGAUAGUCGUACAACAAUCUUCUCUCCUGAAGGACGUCUUUACCAAGUGGAGUAUGCAAUAGAGGCUAUUGGAAAUGCUGGUACUGCCAUUGGAAUCUUGUCAAAAGAUGGGGUUGUUCUGGUUGGCGAAAAGAAGGUGACAUCCAAGCUUCUGCAAACCUCAACUUCAACUGAGAAAAUGUACAAGAUUGAUGAUCACGUUGCAUGUGCUGUUGCUGGGAUUAUGUCUGAUGCAAACAUCCUAAUCAAUACUGCUAGGAUCCAAGCACAGCGUUACUCAUUUGCUUACCAAGAGCCAAUGCCUGUUGAACAGUUGGUUCAAUCUCUUUGUGAUACCAAACAGGGUUACACACAAUUUGGUGGUCUCCGUCCGUUUGGAGUCUCUUUCCUGUUUGCAGGAUGGGACAAAAAUUUUGGCUUUCAGCUUUACAUGAGUGAUCCUAGUGGAAAUUAUGGCGGUUGGAAAGCCGGUGCUAUUGGUGCCAACAACCAGACAGCACAAUCAAUUCUAAAACAGGACUCAAAAGAAAAAAGAACACACCAGACCUUACCAAGAUAA